AUGGUUUUUCUGUUCCCUUCUUUUGUUCUGCACAUUAUUACAGGGGGUGCAUCUGCAUUAAGGACUAAGUCAAAUUUAAAGUUUAAGCUGAUUUUAUCUGGAAAAACACUGAAUUCCCACAAGGACUUUAUAACUCGUCUUAACCAACAAGUUCACCUGAAGGAGGUGAAUACAGAGGAUGAGUGUGAUUUUAUUCUGGGUUUCUGCACGAUUGUGACACGAGCUGGAACUGACAUUGAAGCAGCAAUGAAACGUCUACAUGAUAUUUCAGACACCAAACCUGUAGUCCUGGUGGUGCUCCAUCACACAUUUGAUCCAGAGCGUGUUGUUCCAGACAGCAUCAGAUGUGUAAACAGAAAGAAUAUGAUCGCAGUCGACUGUCUGUUCUAUGAAGAUAAAGGAUUACUGCAGUGUCUGAAGAAUAAUGAAUCACUGGACAAAACUUCACAAUAUCUGAAGGAAUAUAUAAACUGUGAAAACAUGAAAAGGCAAAAGGAAGGUGAAAGGUCAGAAACAGUGAUAAACAAAGAUAAAGAGCUGGAAACCAGUACAAAUAAACUGGACACACUGGGACAGGAGCUGCAGGACCAGCAGAGACAACUGCAGGACAUGAUGACCGUAGUGGAGCAACAGAAAUCUGAGUUAGCAGAAAAAAACCAACAGCUGGAAGAGAAAGACAGACUUCUAACUGAGAGAGAGACACAGCUAAUGGGAAGAGACAAAGAUCUUCAGGAGAAAGACAGACUUCUGACAGAAAAUACACAAACACUUCAGAAGAAGGACAAGACACUGGAAGAGAAGGAGAAACAGCUCAUUGAAGUAAGAGAAGAAUUGAGAAAAUCAAAUAUGACGUUAGAAAAGAAUCAGACACAAUUGAAGGACAAAGAGAGACAACUGGAGAGUGUGGUGAAAGAACUGGAAACCAGUACAAAUAAACUCACAGAAAGAGAUAAACAACUUCAGGAGAAAGACAAACAGCUCAAACAGACAAGAGCUGAACUGGACAAAACAUUUAAGGAGUUAGAAGACAGUCAGCGACACGUGGAGGAGAAAAACACACAACUAGAGAAUCUGAACAAACUGCUGAAGGAGAAAGAAACACAGCUGAAGAACACAGAUAAAGAGCUGGAAACCAGUACAAAUAAACUGGACACACUGGGACAGGAGCUGCAGGACAAGCAGAGACAACUACAGGACAUGAUGAUCGUAGUGGAGCAACAGAAAUCUGAGUUAGCAGAAAAAAAACAACAGCUUAAGGAGAAAGUAAGUCUUCUAACUGAGAGAGAGACACAGCUAAUGGAAAGAGACAAAGAGCUUCAGGAGAAAGACAGACUUCUGACAGAAACUAGACAACUGGAGAUGAAGGAUGAGACCCUGGAACAGAAGGGCACACACUUUUUUCAGCUAAAGAAAAAAGUUAAAUGCUAUGAAGUCAUUCCUCCAAAGGUACAAGCACCUUGUGAACAGUUCACAAAAGAACUUAAAAAAAUAAGAAAAUCUAUGAAGAUGUCUACAGAGGAGGAGUGUAAAGCAAUUCUAUAUUAUGUCCCCAUUGUUUCACGAGCUGGAACUGAUAUCGAGGCUGCACUGCAAAAACUUAACAGCUUUGGAGACAAAUACAUCGCACUAGUGGUGCUCCAUCACACAUUUGAUCGAGAGCUCAUUACACCAGACAGCAGCAGAACUGUGACCAGAGAAAAAACUUUCAUCGUUGACUGUCUGUUCAGUGAGGACGAGGGACUGUUCUCGUGCCGCAAGAAUGACGAAGCAAUAAAAAAGGUUGCAGAGUGGCUUAAGUUUGUGAAACACGACAAACAGGACCCUAAGAAAAAAAAAGUGAAGCCAGUGAGGAAAAUGAAGCAAUAACAACCAGACAGAAGAAAAACGAGCUAAAGGAAGGGUGGCUCUUACAAUAGAAUAGUACAUAUUGAAUUACUUAAAUGGCAGGGCUUUAUGGGUGCUUAUACUUUUCCUAAAACUGGCUGCUCAAAAGAUUUAUUUGGCUUUUUAAAAUAUUUUUUAAUUAAUAUACAAAUGGUUUUGCUACACCAGAAAAACCAGUAUUGAAUAAGUACUAAUACAUGUGUAUUAAAUGCUAAUAGAAUAAACUGUGUUUCAUUUCUGAUUAACAAAAUGAAUAAAAGCUGAAAUGAACAUCAGAAAUCUUUA